CAUUCCUGCCUGGGAGUGUUGGUGUCAGUUCCAGGGUUGCUGUGCGCUCGAUUGAGUGCAGCUGUGUCAGCCUUUCUCCCCUUCCAAGCUUUUCUUGUCUCUUUCCUCCCAAACAGAUGAAUGGUAGGAGAGGAAAAUGAUAUGGAUCCCUGCAACAAAUAAGAAAAAACCAGUGAGCAUGAAGUGAGAAAAGAGGGAAUUCCAAAUUAAAGGAUAUCAAAAGAGCACAACAAAACCAAAUACAGAACAAGAGCAAAACAUAUGAUAUUACUCAAUGUACUGCAAACACUCACCAUUCCUUGAAGUCACGGAAAGAGGAAGGGGAAAGAAUCUUGUUUUUGACAAAUUACCGAAAGAGCGGUGAAUGAAUGGAUCCAAAUUGUAGCAAGGAAUGAGGCCAAAUGAACAUGCAGAAUGCUGAAAGAGCAUCGAACUAGGGACGAGAGUUCAUCAACUCCUGGCGUGCAGAAGCCCUUUGAACCCGUGCAGUGUGGAAAGGGGCUCAGAGAUAGCCGAGGUUUAGUGAGCUUCACUGUUCCAGCACUUUGAGGAAGCCACUUCAAGUAAUGGAAGGAAGGCUGAGCUUAAGUGCUGUCGGAAGGCUUAGAAAAAGCGGCCGGGUGCAGAGUGCAGAGCAGCCGUCGAAAUGCACAGAAUGUGGGAAGAGCUUCAGUGGUGCUGGAAAUCGUUCUGGGCAGCAAGGAAAGGAUGUAGGGGAGGGGCCAAACAAGUGCAUGGGAUGCAGGAAGGGCCUCCAUGAAAGUGGAAGUCUUACUAUAUGUCAAGGAUUCCGCACUGGAUUUGCACCAUAUUCAUGUAUGGAAUGUGGCAAGAGCUUCAGUCAAAGUGGCCAGUUUACCAUCCAUCAAAGAAUGCACUCUGGAGAAACGCCAUAUACAUGCAUGGAAUGUGGCAAGAGCUUCAUUCAAAGUAGUACUCUUAAUGAACAUCAAAGAAUUCACUCUGGAGAGAAGCCAUACACAUGCAUGGAAUGUGGCAAGAGCUUCAGUCAAAGUGGACAUCUUACUAUCCAUCAAAGAACGCACACUGGUGAGAAGCCAUACAUGUGCAUGGAAUGUGGCAAGAGCUUCAGCCACAGUGGUACUCUUAAGAAACAUCAAAGAACACACACUGGGGAGAAGCCAUACACAUGCAUGGAAUGUGAAAAGAGCUUCAGUGUCAGAGGAAAUCUUACCAAACAUCAAAGAACGCACUCUGGGGAGAAGCCAUACAUGUGCAUGGAAUGUGGCAAGAGCUUCAGCCAGAGUGGUACUCUUAACAAACAUCAAAGAACGCACACUGGGGAGAAGCCAUACACAUGCAUGGAAUGUGGCAAGAGCUUCAGUGAAAAUUUCACUCUUAACGAACAUCAAAAAACACACUCUGGGCAGAAGCCAUACACAUGCAUGGAAUGUGGCAAGAGCUUCAGGCAGGGUAGCAAUCUUGCCUCACAUCAAAGAACGCACUCUGGGGAGAAACCAUACACUUGCAUGGAAUGUGGAAAAAGCUUCAGCCACGGUGGUACUCUUAAGAAACAUCAAAGAACGCACACUGGGGAGAAGCCAUACACAUGCAUGGAAUGUGAAAAGAGCUUCAGUGUCAGAGGAAAUCUUACCAAACAUCAAAGAACGCACUCAGGGGAGAAGCCAUACACUUGCAUGGAAUGUGGCAAGAGCUUCAGCCAGAGUGGUACUCUUAAGAAACAUCAAAGAACGCACACUGGGGAGAAGCCAUACACAUGCGUGGAAUGUGAAAAGAGCUUCAGUGUCAGAGGAAAUCUUACCAAACAUCAAAGAACGCACUCUGGGGAGAAGCCAUACACAUGCAUGGAAUGUGGCAAGAGCUUCAGCCACGGUAGCAAUCUUACUACACAUCAAAGAACGCACACUGGGGAGAAGCCAUACACGUGCAUGGAAUGUGGAAAGAGCCUCAGAGACAGAGGAAAUCUUACACGCCAUUAAAGAACGCACACUGGGGAGAAGCCAUACAUAUGCAUGGAAUGUGGCAAGAGUUUCAGUCAAAGCGGAUGUCUUACCAUCCAUCAUAGAACCCAUGCUGCGGAGAGGCCGUACGCAUGAAUGCAAUUUAGAAAGUCUUCUGUUGGAGCUGAGACCUUACUGAACAUCAAAAAACCCACACCAGAGAUAUGACUUUCAAAUGUGUUCAAUGAACAAUGAAGGGAUCUUGUGUGCAAGAUCCAUGGUAAAGAUUUUAUCCCAGUCCAUGGUUACUGGUAAUGGCAAACUCCAUGCUGGAGAACAGAAAAUAAACUUUCCAGGAACUUUCUCCUAUUGCCCAAA